AUGGCACCCAAGUACGAUUUCGUGAUCGUUGGCGGUGGAACAUCAGGCUGUCUCCUCGCCCACCGACUCUCCCAUUCGCUACGUAAACCCUCUGUUCUCCUCCUUGAAGCAGGCACCACCCCCUCUGGUGACUACCUCCGUGCGCCCUACCACCGUUACUACGCCCAAGCUCUCCGUCCAGAUCUUGACCAUGGCUACGUCUCCGAACCCGAGCCCGCUUUGAACAGCAGAAACAUACCGUAUACAAGAGGCAAGGGUCUGGGCGGGAGUUCCAUCUUGAACUUCGCCGUUUAUCUGUACGGCAGUGGCGAAGAUUAUAAUCGCUGGAGCGAUCUAGUGGGCGACGAGAGCUGGAAAUGGGAGUCGGUCAAGAAAUCUUUCCAAGCUAUCGAGAACUACGACUUCUCGGGUUCAGAAGACUACAAACAUCUUGCUGAUCCUAGCACUAAUUCCCAUGGUACGAAGGGGCAGUUGAAGGUUGGUCUCCCGCCUGUACUCGAACAAGGCGUGGUGCCGCAGAUGGAGGCACUGGCUGCUAUGGGAGAAAAGAUCAACCUUGAUCUCAAUUCGGGCGACCCGAUAGGAAUUGCAGUCUUCCCGCAUAGCUAUAGUAAGGAGGGUAGGAGUACUAGUGCGAUCGCGCAUUUGGUGGACCCGCCGAGCAACCUUGAGGUGUGGACAGAUGCGAAAGCGGAAAAGUUCGUGUGGGAGGGGAAGAAGGUCGUUGGUGUUGUCACGGAAGACGGACGAGAAGCAAUGGCAAACAACGAAGUCAUCGUUUGUGGCGGCUCGAUCGACACGCCAAAGCUCCUCCUUCUAAACGGCGUCGGACCGCAAUCCGAGCUCGAGGCAAUCGGUAUCGACGUCAAAAUCGACUUGCCUGGGGUCGGGAAGCACCUUAAAGAUCACGUCCUCACCUUCAUGACAGUCGAAGUCUCGGGCUCAAUCAACUCCAAAUACGCCUUUGACAACAACCCCGCCCUUGUCGCUGAAGCUCAAGAAUCCUGGACCAAAGACCAUACUGGCGCCUUCGCCCUUCAGAAUUCCUCACUUUGGGGUGGCUUCCUCAAACUAACGGAUUUGGAAUCGUACGAAGAGUAUUCGGCGCUUCCACUUGAUGUCCAGGAAUUUCUGUCCAGAGAUCAAGUUCCGACAUACGAGUUUAUCAACAACUCCAUACUCUGGCCACCAGGCACACAGCUCGAGGAAGGGAACACAUAUAUGACUUUCCUUGCUUUCCUCAUGAACCCUCAGUCCAGUGGUUCCGUCACACUCCGGUCAGCAAACGCGUCUGACAAACCAGUCAUCGCGCUGAAUUACCUCACGCACCCCUUCGACGUCCGCGUUUUUCGCGAAGCUAUCCGCAACACGUGGCAGAAAAUAACAGGAAAUCCUGUCGUUGCUCCGCAUAUUGUGCGUACCAUUCUUGGGCCAAAGUCUAUGAGCGAUGCGGAUUUGGAUGAUUUUGCAAAGGAGAACGCCGGUACAGUUUGGCAUGCUUGCGGUACUUGUAAGAUGGGAAGGGACGACGAUGCAGAAGCGGUUGUGAGCAAGGAGUUCAAGGUUAGAGGAGCGGAGGGGUUGAGGGUUGUGGAUAUGAGCGUCGCACCUCUUACAACCAAUAAUCACACGCAGGCUACGGCGUAUCUCAUUGCGCAAAAAGCGGCGGAGAAGAUGGUUGUGGAGUAUGGACUCGAUAGGGUGAGCUGA